UCUUUCUCCUUCCUUUACGUCCACCUGCUGCAACCACAGUGGCUGCAACCUGCUGCUGAUGUGAUUAUCUUCCACUAACGCCUGCUCAAGCGCAGCAUUUGGCAGAUUUGCUUGAUGCACGAGAGCUCACGACUUCCGACGCCGUAGACUGCUAGCACCCGCUCCGUUUAUGGCAUCCGGAUCUUGAAAAGGGCUCUUUAAGAGAAACUGCAGUUCAUAGGAUAGUGUGCUUUGGUAGGCAAUGGAUAUCAAAUACAGGCUACUACCGACAUUCAUUGCAUUCCUCUGCUUCGUGACGGAGACUGUCUUCUCCAGUGAAAGAGCGGAGCUGGCAGAUCCUAAUAAUCCUGCCUAUGUUCCAGAAAAAUUGAAGGAUCCUCACCAUGGAGUUAAAAUGGGACAGAUUAACCCACUGUGUGAUGAUGCAAAGGUGAACAUUUCGAUUGAUUUCAAGGAUGAUCCCAGGAUGUACACUUGCUACCACCCUAAAGCCUGGUUUCCAUUUGAUGUUGUGGAGAACCUGGCUCCCAAAAUGAGCUGCGACACUGUGUUACCUAAGUACGCUCCGAGGCACUACUGCAUGAACUAUAAGAUCAAAUACGACACAGUGCUACCCACACAUGAAGGUCACCGUCCCCUGUGGCCGGUGUUUGGCGAGUAUGACUAUGUUCCGCCGCAGCGAUGGCUUCACAAUAUUGAGCAUGGUGCCGUCGUCAUGCUGUAUCAUCCAUGCACACAUCCCUUCUAUGUGGAUCAGCUCAGACGGAUUGUGACUGGAUGUCUUCGGAAGCAUGUAAUCACACCUUACCCAAUGCUGAGUCCGGAAAGGCCAAUGGCAUUGGUUGCCUGGGGAUGCAGGUACGAGAUGAGCAGCGUCAAUAAGAAAGAAGUGGUGAAAUUUAUCAAAGAAAAGGCAAUGAAAGGUCCUGAAGCACACUACGCCAAGGAAGGCCAGUAUUCACACAUGCUCCGUAAAAAGGCAGUUCCUCCCAAAGGAUCAAAUUUUGAAGACAGUGUCAUCUGUCCCAACGACUGAAACAUAUUCGUUUAGCUCUCCUCUCACCAAUGAAGACGGGAGCACUGCCACACCACUCACCUUUGGACGAGGAGUGUGGCUGCCCCUGGAGCAUGUCCUUCUGCAAGCCUCUGGUUGUUCUCAUGCCUCCUUGUCACGUGUCAAUCAAGAGUCCACUUAAACAGCAGGAGACAAGGGGAAGACCAGAGCUUGUCACCAUCAAGUUGCGAGACCCUGUUAUGUGCUUUUGCUACCUUGACCAUAACUUACGAGUUUAGAGGGCGCAUUUGUCUGGGCCGUACUGGACAGCACCACAAUGCCUUGCAUUCCUGGACUUUAGCUUAGCCAGUGCUAGCUUGCACUAUUAAGGCUGGUUCAGACAUUUGCACUUGGGAUUGCUUAUAACAAUGUGGUUGCUAUGGCAACCAAGGUCUGUGCCAUGCAUUGCAGCAGAGCGCAAGGAGUCGUAGUGCAGUCGGUUAUACCCAAAUGCAAACGUCUGAACCAGCCUUUAAUUGCGUGAAUUUAAAAAAAAGGUAGCACUCUGGUCUUACGCGGCAUGGCACAGAGGGAUGUGUUCCUAGACUUGCUGAUCCUCCUGGUUUGAAGAAACCAUUGAGGUUUUGGUUUCUUAUAACCUUAUGGGGGAUUAAGCAGGCUGGUAUUGUUUUGCUAGUGCUUUACUCAUUGUUGCAAAAACAUGGCCUCUGUUCUGUAGCAUGCAUGUUUUUGGUAGCAAAAUAUGGACUGGACUUUUUCAGGCAUCAGGUGAAUGGAUGUUUUGUUCAACUGUCUUAAAGGGUAACUGCAAAGAAAAAAAAGUGUAUUUAUAAACAGCAUAAUUGGGGCAAGCAUGUAACAAAACAAUUUUACCAACAAAAGCAAAAUUUUUUACAGCAAUAUUUAUUAUGCGGGACUGAUUUUAGUUUGUGGCUAUUUCGUCCGUUUUAAAUUGCGCGCCACAAAGUUGGUAUUAUACGUCACGGAGUGGCUGCUAUACGUCACGGAGUGACGUAUUCCAGCCACUCUGCGCGCGUCGAAAGAGUGGGAGUUUCAUAUGUGGAUAGGUUGUAACUCCGACUAAAUUAUGUCCUGUGGCGUAAAUGUUGCUAAAAAAUUUUGUUUUUUUCGCGGAAGAUUUGUUUUGUGACAUGCUUGUCCCAAUUAGGCUGUUUAAAAAAAACUUUUUUUUCUUUGCAGUUACUCUUUGAAGGAAGGAUGCACUCUUUGUUAUGUGACACUUCACGGUAACUCUGAGUGCCACAACCAAUCUCUGAAAGGCAUUUAUCUACAUAGGGCCAUAAUCAGCUGCCCAAACUUUGAGCCCACAUUCCUGGCAUUCCCUGUGUCGGCAAUCUGUAGUGAAGAUUGCUCAGGCAUCUACAAUGCAGGCACAAGCAAAUUUCCUUGUAGCCUGUAAGAUGUUGUGGAUAAACAUGCACUUUGCUACAGACCCAGUCAUUCCAACACCUCUUGGUGAAUCUCAAGGAAGGUAUUAUAGCCUGUCAUAGAGACCAAAACUUGUAAACACUUUUUGUGCGUGAAACUGCAGAAUGCUAGCUGUGGAAUUGAUUGCUACUUGGAAUGUUUUUUUUUAUGUGUGCUGCCACUGAGCUUAGUUGUAAAUUGUCAUGUGGGAAACUAAUUAGUAUUUUGUGUCUGAGGUGCAAGAAAGUGACAAUGAUGUGGGGGCAGUGCAAGCUUCUUGCCAUUUAUUCUAGUUCCAGUCUUUUGGAAGAGUACAUGUCUUAAUGUCAGCUUGUGCAAUGGAUUGCUCAUGCAUCUCAGUACUGUUUACAUAUGGGGAUUAUAGGUGCAUACAAUCAGCGCUAAUAGUGUCCUUGGAAACUGUGUAGCCCAUUUUCUGUUUGUGCAAACAUGCAGAAACAAUCAUCUAGGCAUCUGCUUGGUAGGGUAAUAAUGUGAAACAUUUUGAAACUGUGGAAAUCAGGACCAUGUUCUAUUUGAGUGCAGUUGGUUUCUCUCAUACUUGAACUCCUUUGUUUACUGGUGUAUGUGACAUGCCUUGCACACUGAAAUAGUUUUAGAAAAAGGUACUUUCUGUCAAAUUAUACCAGUAAAGUGUAAUUAAAUUUUUUUUUUUGCAAGCUCAUUAGCAAAUUUUUUUUACGUAAAACCCUGAGCUAAGUAGCAAGAAACAAUUCUUUACUUUUUCUGCAUCAUGUGCACCUUGGAGUCUGGGUCAUAUUUGUUACCCAUAAAGCCUACAGGACAGCUUUGAAGAAGAUUGAUAUUAUGUUUUUUAAAUUGCAUUAUGCACUGCUGUACAGUACACAUAAGGCCUGGGUUUGUAAUCGGUUAUUAUUUAUUGGUUUUGCUAUUUCUAGAUAUAGAAGUCUGGAUCUGAUCCCACCACACAGAAUUGAAUAAAAAAUUAACUAUGCAUAAUACGUAAAUAGAGGUGCAAAAAAAAAAAAGGAAAAGAAUUAUGUUGGUUCAGUCUUUUCUGUUCUGUUUGCGCACGCUGAAAAACACAAGAUUUCCAUUUUAAUCCAUUUUUUUUCCUCUGAUCUACAAAAAUAAUCUUUGGUGUAAACAUAUCCAUGUUCUUUGUUAAAAAUACUGAAAACCACAACUCUAGUGCAUGGCAUGCAGUAAAGUAUGUUGUAUAGCAGAAACUAUGAAACUAACAGCACACAACUGAACAUUGCAGAACAUGCUAACAUGAUGCUCAGAAUAUUAAACUAAGGUUGUUCCACACAUAGUAUGCUUUUAUAAGGCAUUCCAUUCAGAAUGUUUCAUGGUCUUUGUUCUGAUAGUGUUUCAGGACUCGCCAUCUGAGUGGAGCUUGCAGAAUUUAUACGUGAUAUAGGGCUGCUGUCUUUGUAAACAAAUUAAGUGUACUAUUUCAGUCACUCUGUAACACUCAAAUAGUGACUGCUCCAUACUGCCAGCACCCUAUUGCCACUCCUCCCAGAAUCACGAAGCCAGAAAUGAGUGUGAAACCGAUCCGGAGGAGCACUUUAGUUUCACCGAGCAUCUGUGUUUUGGGGAGUACCUGCUGUGAAGUGCUGGUUGUACAAGACAGCCACCAUUUUCGUCUUACAGCUAACAAUGUUCAGCAUAGAGUCGCCAGUACCUUGUAACAUGGUUUCAGUAAUUUGCUGGCAUGUGAGGCAUGUACACGUCACAAGUAAUGUUGUGGUAAGUGCAUUCAGAUAUGUUUAGGUGUUAGCUCAAUGUUAGCAAUGUAAGUAUGAUCAGCCGUUUUAACUGAUGCCUUGUUUUAAUGUGGUCUUUGAAGUUUGGAUAGAAGCUAACCAUGGAGCUUUGGGUUCACACUCACACUGAGCACCAAAUGUAAGGUGCUUUUAUUUCCAGAACAGAGUGGUGCAUGCAGUGUUCUGCAGUUUUGUUCCCAACUUUGAAAGAUUCUUGGUCUAUAUACAUAUGUUAUUUAGAAAUAUUUUUUUAUUUAUUGCUUUUUCUGUGUUUAUAUCCAAGGUGUCAGUCAUUACCUGUGUGUAUAUUUCUUGGUCUCAAGUACAAAUAUUGGUUCAGGAGGUUGCUGAUUUACAAUGAGCUUCGAACAGCGGGAAAUGCUUUUUCACUAUGGUUGUUUUAGGUGUCUGUUUAUUGUGGUUGCCUGAACCUUAUGCAUACUGUGGCACAUUUUCGUAUACACUCGUAUCUCAGAGGCUGCACAUGACUUUAAUUCCUUUGAAUAGGAUCAUUUUCUACUUUACCCCUUUGUUGUUGUUUUACUCUGCAUGGGUGCAAUCACUUUGUAAAAGAGUACUAGUCAUAAACAACGCCGGAUUUAAGUACUCCAUUUGUUUUGUUGAUGCAACAGUUGAAGUGACCACUUUGAUAUAAAAUGAUUUCUUGGUUAUUGUUUCUUGGACAGAUUAUACUGAAUUUCAAGCUGAUCCAGUAAACCCGUUUUUGGUGUAGCUUGACUACCAUUAGUUUAUUACAGAUACUAUGUAGCCUAAGCACAUCUCCGAAUUGGCUGACAAUAUUGUAUAUACUAUUCUGUUUGUUAUAAUUGAAGGUCAAAAUCAAUGAAGAAUAGUUUGAUACUGUGUAGAAAAGCAUGUUAAUCCAAGAUUAAAAAAAAAAGUCUAACUGAAAUUGCAUUUCCGCGUUAGUUGCUUUCUGUUUUCGAUGUAAGUACUAGUACUUCGUUUAAAGAUAUGGAAGGUAGCAGACUAUUUGUGCAGGGCUAUGUAUGUGAUGUUGAAAUUCUCUCGCUGGUUGUCAAACAUCUUGCGAGCACUGGUGUCAUUGUGCCAAAAAAUGGAAAAGUGUCUAUUUUUAAUAUGACGUUCAUUUUGUACCGUGUUUACAGAGCCAGAGAAUGACGAAUGGAAUAUACACAGAAAAGAAGUAAACACGUUUCAGUCA